CAGAAAAUGAAUGUGAUUAUUAUGGUAGGGUUGUCAAAGACGGAUUUUUUUUAGUUAUUAGUGAAAUGUGCUUCCUUAAAUAGUUUUAAACAUUUUAUUUACAAACUGUUACAUUUAUUGUGCUUGGUGAUUAUAUAUACCUACAAUUGCAAGAAAAUACUUCAAGAUGUGUCCCAUAUCAGGAUUGGUCCAAUUUUUAAUAGUUGUAGUUACAUUAUUAUUAAUGUGCCAUGCAGUGGUUGUAAAACCAUAUAAAAUUCAAUUUGAACAAAAAAACAUAACUUUGCACAUGUAUGAUACAGCAAAUAUAAAAUACAAUAUAUUAGAUGGUGAUCCUAAUAAUCUCCAAGAACUUCAAAUAUUCUCGACAGACAAUAAUAUAGCUGAAGUCAAAUAUUUAUAUAUUCCACUAAACAAUUCAGAAAAAGUAGGCACGUUUAAUUUAACCGGAAACUUUUUGGGUAAAACCUUGAUAAAAUGUAAGCUUCCAAACAGUGAUGAAUUAUGUGAACAGUUUGAAGUUAUUGUGGUUAGAAAAAAACGGUUAAUAGACACUAUUUUUACGGCUUCAGUUGCCACUUUAGUCAGUAUAAUCUACAUCAAUUUUGGCUGUGCUUUAAAUUGGGGGGAGCUGAGAAAGAAUCUUAAAAGACCCAUAGGACCUGUGAUAGGAUUUAUAGGACAGUUUCUUAUAAUGCCACUACUUAGUUUUGGUUUGGGAAAAGUACUAUUUCCAGAGAGUCCUGAAAUGCAAUUGGGAAUGUUUUUUACGGGCGUCUCGCCGGCAGGUGGCGCUUCGAACGUGUGGACUGUCAUCCUGGAAGGUAACAUGGAUUUAUCAAUUACCAUGACAACGAUUAGUACUUUUGCGGCUUUCGGAAUGAUGCCCCUAUGGAUUUUCACGCUAGGAAAAAUGAUAUUCGACAAGGGAAACCUUUCGGUGCCAUACUGGCAGAUAUCAGAAUACGCCUUUGCCUUGGUAGUGCCGCUGGCGAUUGGAUAUUUGAUACAAAGAUACCUUAAAAAAGUGUCGACUUUCAUGGCAAGGAUAUUGAAAUGCUUUUCAUCAAUUUUAAUUUUAUUUAUAAUCAUUUUCGCUAUUGUGGCGAAUCUGUAUUUGUUUAAACUAUUUUCUUGGCAGAUAAUUGUAGCUGGUAUGGGACUUCCUUACCUUGGCUAUACUUUUGCAUUUAUAUUAGCAAAACUGCUCAAACAGCCAGCACCAGAUUGUUUGGCAAUUGCAAUAGAAACCGGGAUUCAAAAUACAGGAAUCGCGAUAUUUUUGCUCAGAUUUUCCUUGCCUCAACCGGAGGGUGAUCUCACAACAAUUGCUCCAGUAGCUGUGGCAGUAAUGACACCUUUCCCCCUUUUAUUUAUGUACAUAUACAAAAAACUUAGUGCCAGAUAUUCAAAGAAAAAGUUAUCACUACAUGAUGAUUGUCAAUCGAAAUUAGCUUUAGACAAUAAUUGCAACAAUGAUAUCCCAGUUUGCAAAUUAUCAGUUGUUUCUUGAAAAUCGUUAAGGUAUCUUAGUAAGUCCCUAUUCAUACAUUUUGUUGAUUUGUGAUUCAGGGAUUCUUAAAUUGUGAUUGAAAUAAUUUAUUGUUUUACUUAAAAAAGGUAUUAUUUUAUACAAAUACAAACAAAAUUUUUUAUUAUAUGUUUUGUUGGUAAAGGGUUGUAAAUGUUUUAAAAUAUAUGUCAAGUUUAUAUAA